AUGCAUCACGACGCAGGUCACGGCUCAACCAUGGCCUCUCCAAAUGUGUCCCUGGAGAAGCGACCUCCCAGGCAUAAGUCACACUCAACAGAAGAAUCAAAGAACAAACGUAUCUGCACCGCAGCAAGCAUAGCCGCUGCAAAGACGUCACAACGGGCGCCUACAAUCGAACGAGUUCUUACCAUCUCAGAAGAUGCCGUUUGGUCACUCCGCAAAUCAGAUCUCCGAAUCCACUUCCUCAUUCUUCAACAAUACACACAAUCACCUUCUAAUGCCAUGCCAAAACCCGACUCUGGUGGAGAUACCCACGUCGAGCCCAACGAGACCCACUCAGCCGAAAUUCUUCCCCCACUCCUACGCAUGCCGUUUGAAAUCCGCCAACUCAUAUAUCGCCAUCUACUGGCCCCUCCCUCUGAUGACCCCCGUCUUGGCCCCCACCCUCGCCAACUCCAAUCCCACAUCUAUCUCUCGCGAUCGUUCGAAAUCGCUGUCCUACAUCUUAACCGCCAAAUAUACCACGAAGCACUCCCAAUAUUCUAUGGCGACCCCUUUCAGACCAUCUCUUUGACAGUCAACUACAAUCUUUGGGCGCACAGAACGCAACGCUCUGAUUUGGUUCUCUCCUCAUUCCUCACCUCUUCCAUUCGAAAUCUAUCACUCUCCAUCCAACUCGGAAGCGAAAAACGUAAACAGAAACCCGAGGGCUUCGAAGCUGAGGCGAGAUUAGUAGAAGUAACUAAAGGGAUUAAGAAGUUGAGGAAAUGGUUAGCAGGGGCCGAUAUUCAAAUUUUGAGAAUUGGAUGGGAGGAGCCUCCACAAACUUAUACAUGGGAGCAGAAGAAAGACAUCUUGGAUGGAUUGAGAGCUUUCAAAGCAGUAAAGGUGGAGGCGGGGGAUAUCAAUUGGGGUCUGGAUUGGAAUAAGGGAAGGAAGUUCAGGUUUGACGUUGAGUAUUUGAAAGAAUUGGAACGAGAGCGAUCCUGA